CAAAAACCGCUGUAAAAUUAUGUUAUUAAAAAAAUAAUAGAGGAAUUUCCUUCAGGCUCUUUCACUUCACCUAUGAUAGAAAAUAAUCGUUGUUGUUGAGGAGUAGGAAGGACACGUGUUAUUUAUUUAUUGCUAUCAAUGCUAUGUAAUGUCGCAGCCAAGUAGAAGUAUUUGGGCCAUGAUUAUUCGAAAUUUUCUUAAUUCUUUAAAGCCUCGACAGUUUCAAGGAACUUUAAUGGGAAGCGAUUACUUUGGAAAUAAAUAUUAUGAAAUUCCGCCUAAUCCAUCGGUUGGUAAAAGGAAAGCAAGUCGAUGGUUCGAUCCCCCUAAAAAAGACGAUUUCAUGCAAGAAAUGCCAGCUGAAUGGGAAGCAUGGCUUAGGGGAAGAAGAAAGGAACCUCCUAGCGAAGAGGAAGUCAUGAAAAAUUUGGCUAUAAUGCAAAUGAAGAAAAAAAAUUCUGUUGAAGUUGAUGCCAAAGCAGGAAAAAUGACACCUAUGGCAAAGGGCUAUGAAACCUUUCCUAAACGGCCAGAGUAUGAAAGUAUACCAGGCGAAAAAUAUGAUAAAUAAAUUUGUAAAAUAGUAGUAAUAGGUUGUAAAUAAAGUUUUCUAAAGACUU